AUGUCUUAUAAACUUAGUUCUACUUUGACAGGUCAUGAACAAGAUGUUAAAGCAAUUGCAACUAUUCCUAAUAACAAUGAGUUGGUUUCAGUACUGAGAGAUGGUACUACUAGAAUUUGGGAGAAUGUGAAUACUACGCAAAAUGAUCCGACUAUAAUUUUCAAUUCACCAACGAAAUCUUUUAUGAAUUCAGUUACUUAUUUAAAUGAAUUAGUAGCUAGUGGUGGACAAGAUGCCAUGAUUUAUUUAAGCGAUUUACAUGGAGAUGAUAAAUAUCAAUUAAUUGGACAUCAAGGAAAUGUAUGUUCCUUAUCGUAUUCUCAUGGUCAAUUGAUUUCAAGUUCUUGGGAUUGUACUGCAAUUGUAUGGAAUUUGGAAGAAUUUGUUCCAAAGAUUAUUUUAAGUGGUCAUGAAUCAUCAGUUUGGGAUUGUAAAGUUUUAGGAGCUGAUCAAUAUUUGACUUGUGGAGCUGAUAAAACUAUUAGAUUAUGGCAUGGCAAAUUUGAAGUGAAACAGUUUACUGGGCAUCUGGAUGUUAUUAGAAAAUUGUUGGUUUUACCAGAUGGGAAACAAUUCUUAUCUUGUUCAAAUGAUGGUACUGUCAAGUUAUGGGAUUUGCAAACAGGAAACAAUUUAAAGACUUUCUAUGGUCACGAAUCUUUUGUAUACGAUUUGGCUUUAUUACCAGGAGGGAGAUUUGCAUCUACUGGUGAAGAUAGAACCGUAAGAAUUUGGGACUUAUCAACAGGUGAUGUGUUACAAGUGGUUACAUUACCAUGUAUUUCAGUCUGGUGUAUUGCAGUAUUAGGAAAUGGAGAUUUUGCCGUUGGUGGAUCUGACAAUUUGAUUAGAGUUUUCACUACAAGUCCUGAAAGAGUAGCUAGUGAAGAUGAAUUAGUUCAUUUCAAAGAAGCAGUUCAGUCAUCAUCCAUUGCUGAACAAUCGUUGGACAAUCUCAAGAAAACAGACAUUCCUGGGUAUGAAGCACUUCAAAAUCCAGGCAAACAAGAAGGGUCUACUAUAAUGGUUAAAAAUUCUACAGGGACCAUAGAAGCGCACCAAUGGUCUGGUGGAGAGUGGCACAAGAUUGGUGAUGUUGUUGGAUCAUCAAGUAGUGGGAAAAAGAAAGAAUAUUUGGGUAAAGAAUAUGAUUAUGUGUUUGAUGUUGAUAUUAAAGAUGGUGAACCUCCAUUGAAGUUGCCAUACAAUAUCAAUGACAAUCCAUAUAUGGUGGCUGAGAAGUUUUUGGCUGAUAAUGAUUUGCCGCCAACCUAUACUGAAGAAGUGGUAAGGUUCUUAGAAAAAAACACUGAAGGUGUAAGUUUACAAGAAAGCACAUCUACAUCUGCCAAUGAAAGGGUGAUUGAUCCAUACUCCGAUGCCUAUGCCAGACAGCACAACGUUGAUGCUUCCUUAAAAGUUAUUCCAGCAAAGGACUACAUCUCCUUUAAGGAUUACAAGAAGGAACAAUUAGUCAAUGGGUUAAAUAAAUUAAACCAAUCACAAGAAGAUAAUGUUAAAUUAUCACCAGAAGAAUUGUCAAUCGUUGAAGCUUCAUUAGGUUCAUUGACAUCGAAGCAAGCAUUGGAAAUCAUUACGAAUUAUUCCAGUCGUAUUAUCAAGAAUUGGAACAAUUCAUCCAAGUUGAUUGGGUUUGAUUUGUUAAGAAUAAGUAUUCCAAGAGUUACCACCGUGGAUUUACUCUCGUCUACAGAUGCAGCAGAGACCAUUUUAGAUGUAUUAAAUUUAGGAUUAGAUGAAGCUAGUGGAGAAAGCACUGCGUUGUUAAUGAUGAUCUUAAAAGUAUUGAAUAAUUUAGUUGGCAACACAUUAUUUGUCCAAUUGUACAUUGAUCCAAGUGGGCCAGAUGGUAAAUUAUACGAAUACAAUACCUUUUUUAAGAAAUUGUUGAAAAAAUUGGAAACCACAGCAAGUAAGUUCACCACAGAAGCCAAAUUAUACACUACUGCUUUUACUACAUUGUCCACUUUGAUUUAUAAUUUAUCUGCUUAUCACUUGAAAACUUCCGGAUUAAAGAAUAAUGCAGGAUCAGCUGAUCCAGUAAUUAAAUGCAUGGAUACAUUGGGUGACCAAAUAGUUGAAUCAUCUAGUGAAGCUGCAUAUAGAUUAGCCAUUGCAUAUGGUAACUUCAAAUACGCUAAAGUUUAUAAUAAGGAAACUCCUCAAUGGUUAGCUGAAGCAGGAAAUCUUUAUGCGAUCAAUGGAGAACAGAGAUUUAUUGAUAUCGCCACGGAUUUAAAAAGUUUAUAA